AUGUUAAGUCCCUCGGGAUGCGCCUUCAUCGUCCCUCCGCCCUUCUUCCGUGUCCCCUCCCCCCCCGGUUCCCCUCCUGUGUUCCUGUGCUGGGAGCAGAAAUCGCACGACGAGCUCAAGGAGAAGUUUCUGGAGGAGAAGGCGGCUCUCGAGGCCAAGUACCAGAAGCUGUACGAGCCGCUCUAUAAUCAGCGCUCUGAGAUUGUGGCGGGAGACAAGGAGCCGGAAGGCGCUGAGGCCCCCGCUGCUGAGGCCGGAGCCGAGGUUGAGAAGGGUGUUCCUGAGUUUUGGCUCACUGCCAUGAAGAAUAACGAGAUCCUGGCAGAGCAGAUCACAGCGAGGGACGAGCCUGCACUGAAGCACCUUAAGGACAUCCGGUGGUCGCAACUGGGGGAGGAGCUCAAGGGCUUCAAGCUGGAGUUCCAUUUCACGCCCAACCCCUACUUCAAGAAUGAAGUGGCUCACUCCCUUUUUUCUUCCCACUCCACCCCCUCUCCCUCCCUAUCCCCACAACCCCACCACCCCCUUCAGCUCACCAAGUCAUACUUCAUGAUCGACGAGGAAGAGCCGAUUCUUGAGAAGGCCGAGGGCACGGAGAUCGAGUGGAACGCGGGCAAGAACCUGACGCAGAAGAUCAUGAAGAAGAAGCCGAAGAAGGGCGCCAAGAGCAGCAAGCCCAUCACUAAGACAGAGCCAUGCGAGAGCUUCUUUAACUUCUUCAGCCCGCCAGCCGUGCCCACCGAGGACGAGGAGCUGGACGAAGAGGAGUCUCCCUCUCUUAUCGUGUCUCAUUGGCUGUCUCUCUCUUGCUGCCUCCCCUCGCUUCAUCAAUGGCAGGCGGAGGAGCUGCAGGAGAUGAUGGAGCAGGACUACGAUGUGGGGUCUACCCUGAGGGAGAAGAUCAUUCCACAUGCUGUCUCCUGGUACACCGGGGAGGCUGCUGACCUGGAGGAUUUGGACGAUGACGAGGAUGAUGAGGAUGAUGAGGACGACGAGGACGAUGAUGAGGAUGAGGAUGAUGAUGACGAGGACGACCACCCGAGGCCUGCUCGCGGAAGGCUGCAUAGUCCUCUCUCUCCAAUCUCUCCUCACUCUUCUCUCUCCAAUCUCUCCUCACUCUUUUCUCUCCACUCUCUCCUCGCUCUUUUCCCUCCACUCACUCUCCUCAGACUCGCAGGUUUGGCGUUUCUCUUCUCAGUGGGCAUCGGCUUGCAGCUGCUGGGAUGUGUUCUCUACAACAACUGGUGGCCAAUGCUCUCAGCGCUCAUGUACCUGAUACUGCCCAUGCCAUGCCUGUUCUUUUCUACUGGUGACUCCUCCGACUUCUUUCUCAUGGGCACGGAUAACGAAUGGCAAGAUGCAGCCAAGUUCCUCACUGGCUUUUCUUCGCGUAUGUCUCUAGCGCUGCGCCACGUGCCAUGGGCCUCGUGGGAGGAGUGGGAGGCGGUGAGGUCGAGCCUGCUGGGCCCCGCCGCUACGCGCGAAUCGAUAUCUUUCGGGAUCGACCGGGUGGCAGCAUGGCAGAUCAGGGGCCGGGUUCCGGCCUCUGUGGACGUGACAGCUGGCAUGCUUGCCGUGAAGCUGCAGGACCCGGACCUCUGGCCCCCCAACGCGGUGCCUCCGCUCCCUCCAUUCGUGCUCCGCCAAUCAUAUGCUGCUGUCAUUAUCAGGUUUGUGAGUGGUCUGUGUGACAACCGCAAUCCAGCCCUGGGUCGGUCAGUGGUAAGGGUGGCGGCACACGUGGGAAUUCCGCGACUGCUGGUGGACGUGCGGCAUUCCCUGGCCCACAAUCGCCUGCUGCAGUUGCCAGUGCUGCGACUUGCAGUCACUCAGGCCCUGGGGUGGCUCGUGAGCAACUAUUGGAGCAGGCAGGCUGCUAUUCUGGCGGCGAGCAGCGAGGAUGCGGAGGGCAAGUUCUCCUCCUUCAGACAACUCAUUGUCUGUUACCACCACCACUGCCCGCUCUGCUGCCCACGCUCUCAUUCUCAUUCUGCCCCUUCCCCUUCCCCCUUCUUCUCACCCCAGGCUCUUGGUUGGCUGGUGAGCAACUACUGGAGCAGACAGGCGGCCAUGCUGGCGGCAAGCAGCGAGGAUGCGGAGGGCAAGUUCUCCUCCUUCAGACGACUCAUUGUCUGUUACCACCACCACUGCCCGCUCUGCUGCCCACGCUCUCAUUCUCAUUCUGCCCCUUCCCCUUCCCCCUUCUUCUCACCCCAGGCUCUUGGUUGGCUGGUGAGCAACUACUGGAGCAGACAGGCGGGCAUGCUGGCGGCAAGCAGCGAGGAUGCGGAGGGCAAGUUCUCCUCCUUCAGGCGACUCACUGCCACCACCAACACUGCUGCUGCCCGCGCUAAUGCCAAUGCUAAUGCUAAGCGCAGCUUUCCUGCCAGCCCCAAACCUGCUGCUGCCGGUGAUGCUGCUGCUGCUGCUGCUGGUGGUGGUGAUGCUGGUGCUGCUGCUGAUUCUGCCACCGCCGCUGCUGCUGCUGCUAAUUCUGCUGCUGCUGACUCUGCUGCUGCGACGUUGGCGUUCGCAGCAGCGUCUGAGCCUGAUGAUUCGAUUAUGGUGGGGAAGCACAUGCAGCACCCGGCCAGGCAGAGGAACGCGCAGUUGAGAGAGUUACGGAGGUGUGCAGAGCGGUCCAUGGGCGAUUUCGCUGCUCUGCUGCUGAGGCAGCUUAGGAGAGUCGUGAAUGCUGCUUAUAGCGCGGAUAAGGGUGGUUUCGGCGGUGUGGGUGAGGAAAGUGGGGCACAAACGGGGGGAGGAGGGGGAGGGGAAAGAGGGGAAGAAUUGGAAGGGUUAGAAGAGGCGGUUUGGGAGGUGUUGGAUCAUAUAAGAGGGUUACCAGCUGCAUUACUGUCGCAUAUAGUGAAUGAGCUUAUAGCGGUGGUUGUGAGGGGCGGGAGCAGGGGGGUGGGUGGUGAGGGGAAUGAGGUGUGGACGGGUGGUGAGAGGAUGUGUGAGGGGAUGGGUGGUGGGGGAGAGGAUAGGGAGGGGGUGAGAGGGGAAGGGGGAUGGAGGGAUGAGGAGGAGUGGAGGGAGAUUAUGCAGUGUUUGGAGUGGUUGCUUAUGGAAGGGGAGUUGGAGGAGGAAGAGGGGGAGGAGAAGGGGGAUGGAGAGAGAGGAGGGAUGAUAAAGGCAGUGCAAAAAGUGGUGGUGGGGAGACAGUGCGGAGGGCCGGGAGGGAAGGAGGAGGAGGAGAAGGAAGAGGGGGAGGAAGAGGAGGAGGAGGAGGAGGAAGGGGACGUGGAAGGGGAAGGGGAGAAGAAAGGACAAUUUUAUGGGGAUAGGAUGGAGGACGGAUCAGGUGGGGAGACAGAAGAAGAGGCUGAAGAGGAGGAGAAAGGGGAAGAGGAGGAUGAAGAGGAGGAGGAGGAGGAACAAGAGGAAGAGGAAGAAGGCGACGAAGAUGAGGAGCUCGAAGAAGAGGAAGACUGGGGGGAGGAAGAGGACGAUAUCGAUUUCGAUCUGGGUGGCACAGACCCACCAACACACAGGACCUCAUCACACGACUCGUCCCCAUCGCACGGCAAGUGGUUCCCUCUGCCUCUCCUCGCCCGCUGCGCCACGCGCUGCCUGCACGCCCUCCCCUCCUGUCCCCGCUUGCCACAUGUGCUUGCUGACGUGGCACUUGCACUCGCUGACCGGAUGAUCCAGAAGGAAGAAGAGGAGGGGGAUGAGCGGAAGGGGAAGGGUGGAUGUGGAGGAGAUGGGUCUCAGGGAGGUAGAUCUGGUGGAGGCAAGAGUAAAGGAGGGGGGGAGGGGACGAAAAGGAGCAAAGGGAGGGGGGCGGAGAUGAGCUGGCGCAUUCAGCAGCUAGUGAGGCACGGGUUGGUGGAGUGGUGGGAGGAGAGAGGGGCAGCAGGUCCUGCUGCUGGCUCUGCUGGUAACCCUACUAUCGCGCCUGGUGUGGUUACAUGUGGCGGUGGUGGGGUAGCAGCAGCGGGUGCAUUUCCUGUUUCCUGGUUGGGUCAUUCGCAACGGUUGAGAGAGAUUCUGGUGACGAGCGGUGACGUGCUUAUGGCGAGCGGUGCGUUAGAGGGGGAUUUGCUCGCUGACAAUGCACUGGAAGUGUGGUGUGGAGGGGGGUUCAUGGGUGACGUGAGUAUGAGUCCGGAUGAGAGAGAGUGGGAGAUUAAUGGGGUUAGAGGGGUUAGAGGGGAAGGGGACGAUGCAGAAAUAGUGGAAAACGGAGGAGAGGUGGUAUCUGGUGCUGCUUUUGGUAGUGGUGCUGGUGGUGCUGGUACUGGUGAGGAGAUGAGUGCGAUAGCUCACUUGGAGCAGGCUGCAAGUACUGCAUUGUUGGGAAAAGCAGCAGCAUCAGUGGCAGGGGCAAAGAUAUCCGGUGCAGCAACGCUAACAGGUGCACAAGCGGAGGCAGAGGCAGAUGGGGCCGAGGCCCUUGAGGCGAGUAAAGGAGCUGAUUGUAGCGGGGAUGGGGCCGGAGAGGCUGUUGAAGGAGAGGUAAAGAUGGGCGAGGGAGGCGGAGCAGGAGGGGGAGGAGAGUGGGGUGGGCGGGCCGGAGAGGGCGUUGGAGGCGAGGCUGAGGAAGGUGAGGGCCUGCUUGCCCUGGCAGAAGGCGGGGAUGGGACCUGUGGGGUGGGGGGAUCAACAAGGAGAGAAGAGACAAGGGGAGGAAGAAACAGAGUCGUUAUAAGAUGCAUUGAGGAUUGGAACCUGUGGGAUGGGGGAUGA